AUGGCGCCUGCGAUCAUGAAGGAUAGCGGUGUGGUCAAGGAGAAGAACAACCCCAAACCGACUUUGCUGACGCUGCGAGGUUUAAAGCAAGAGGAUGUCAAUGCUUUGGCCACUGGCCAGGUCACUUCCAAUAUGGCUGAGGUCAUCAAUUUGUGUGAUGCAGUGGUGGCCCAUUGCAAGUCUCCAAUGGGGGAUUUCCUGGCAGAGUCUUUGUUGGAUGGUUGCACGUUGGCCAAGAACAUUCUGAGUAGGGACGAUCUUGCUGCAACUACCAAGGCUGUUCAGGUUUGCGAAGAAUCAAGAUGCAACAUCGAGGGUGAUGGCACCUUGGUGGAUGGAGGAGCGGUUGAAGGCUUCUUCUUGGAGCAUGCCCUUGUGAGGUCUCUCUUCGAUUUGGCUGUAGACCAUGUCAAAACAGGAGAGAAGCAAGGAAAGGUUCAGGAGUCCUUGCAGGGUUUGGCCACAGGCCUGGAGACACUGACCGCCGCCUGUUCUUCGCAAGGAUUAAAGCUCAUUGCAGCUUUGCAGCCUGUGCAGGACUCUGUUGACAAAUGCAUCACGGAAGUCUUGGGUUUGAAGGCAUCCAAAGGAGACCCCAAUGUCGCCAAUGUCAAACUUGUUUCCAAAGCGUGGGAGAAAUGCAACAACGCAUUGGGCAGCUACAAGAAGGUUUUCGUCCAGAAGACGCAAGAGCUGCUGGAGGCCGAGAUGAAAGCAAACCUGUCCGAGCACCAUUUACUUGAAGCCAUCAGCAACGAUUGCAUGGUUGACAUAGAGGAUGGUUCCGGAAAGGCUUUGGUCAACUUGGACACGUACCUUCCUGCUCUGAAGCAUGCGGGCUUAGUGGAGCAUGGAUUCUGGGCCAAGUGCUGCGCUGCUAGCCAAGUGUCAACCUUGCUGGAGGACUACAAGGCAUUUUCCUGCUUGUUGGCUGACAUGAUUAGAUUCGUUUUCCUGGACCACGCCAAAUUCAAGAGCACGCCGAAGAGCAGUGAUUUGCGGAAAUGGUGCCAACUGGUGCCGAGCCGGUUGCCUGGGUGGACAAGUGAAGACUUGGUAGACAAAGUGAAGGCGAAGCCAAAGAAAAAGCAUUGUUUUCUGCUGGCUUCGGGGCGAUCGCACAUGUGGCCGAUCAGUGCCUGUCUGGCACUGUGCCGGCUUUGGCCGAAAGUGGUUGGGCUGGAAGCCGAAGCUGGAAGGGCUGAUGCAGUCAAAAUGUCGCAAGCUGUGCAAGUGACAGCAGAGCUUUUUGCAAAGGCCUUGUCAGAUGACAAAUUGAAGGCCGACUUUGCCACAAGCAAAAUCGACGCGUGUUCCUCAUGGCUUUCCGGCCUGGCCAGGCGGUUUGCAGCGUCUGCGUUGAAAGAGUUGCAGAAACGUAUCAGCAAGGUCAUGGACUGCAUGACGAAUGUCGAGGGGCCAUGUGCCAAGAUGCCUCCUCUGGGGGAGAUAGACAAGUACAAGCAAUUUGGUGUCAAGCUUGCUGGCUCCCUUGCUGAGAAGACGGCCACUGGCCAGGAUCCUUUGAUUGGCGGUGCUGACGAGCAAAAGACCCAGUCCAUCGCGAGGGUGGGCGCCUUCCAUGUGGCUGCGAUUGCGGCUAUAUGCCUGCGAAGCGACAAAAUCAAGAAUGCGACCCCCAAGGCUGCUGCCAAAGAGCUGGCUGACAUAGGUGCAACCCUACGAGCAAAGUGGAUCAGCCUCCCAGAUGCCAAAGUCAGCUUGAAGGAGGACGGUAAAAUUUUGAUAGAGGAAAUCGAGAGGAAGGCAGGCACAGGCAGUGGCUCAAAGCAGACCAAGAGGAAGGAUGACGACGUUCUCUCCAUGUCCAGUUUGUUUGAGGAGUUCAAUCCAAACAAGAAGAAAAAAGAAGCAGCAGAAGAAACGCAGAACGCACAGAAGAAACAGGAACCCGAUGCGCUCGAAGCUGGGCAAGCUAGGAAAGAAAGGGCAGCUGUUGCAGAGACCAGCGACGCAGCCAAAGACAAGGCCCAGCAAGACAGCGCAGACAAAGAGGAGAAGAACAACAAGGACAAAAAAGACCAGAAGGACGACACGGCCGAGAAGGACAACAAGGAGAAAAAGGACAACAAGGACAAGAAGGACAAGAAGGGGAAGAAGGACAAGAAGGAGAAGAAAGAAGAUAAGGAAAAGAUGGACAAGAAGGAGAAGCAGGAGAAGAAGGAGAAGAAGGAGAAAAAGGAGAGGAAAAAAGACAAGGAUAAGAAAGAAGACAAUAAGGAGAAGCUUGCGCAGACAAGCGCAAGGAAGAGGAAGCCCCCGCACACGCAGGCAGCCCAGAGCGAAAUGCUCGCAAGAAGAACAAGUGCAAGAGGAGGCGGCUCCAGUGUGGCAGAUGACGCCAGCGUGAUGCUGACGGCUUCUAGCCGGGUCGCCAUUGCUGAGGAUUUUGUGUCUGGAGCAUGGCUAGAGAAAUUUGCGGCUGACAAUUUAAGCGGUUUUCAAGCUUUUCUUGGACAAGAAGAGGCUUUGGGACCUCUUGGCCACAGGCCUGGUAGAUUGACUCUCACCUGGGGAAGCGCUUGCUCGGGCAGUGAAGGUGCUUACUUUGUAAUGAAUGCCUUGAGUGAUGCUUUUGAAGAAGCCAAGAUGGACGUGCUGGACGGAAAGGCCACUGGCCAGGUUUUCGCCUCCUUUCGCAAAAUGGUGAGCUCAUGCAUGCGGUCAGCUCCUUGUGCAACGGAAUGCCUGUUUGCUGAUGGCAGUGAGCACUGCUGGGUUGUGGCGAACGCCUUGCAGGAACACAGUGAAGCAGCUGAGAAAGCUGCGAAGAAGAAAGCCCCGCAGAACCAGGCAUGGGUUCCCAAGCACAUGGAAUUUGCAGAGGAGCUUGGUGUUCGGUGGGGCGUGCCAGUGGAGGCAGCUUUGAAUAAAAAGGAAUGGUUUUGGACCCUGACAAAGAGAGAAGGCGAUGUAUUGAGGUUGUCUCGAAUUGCCGGUCCUCGAACAGAAUUCCGCAACCUCAGCCAGAGCGUUGGAAGGGCUCAUGGCAACACCCUGCAGGAAAGUUGGAGGCAUGUGGCGCCCACAAUGCUUCCGGGGCAGAUCCCGUGGUCUGAGUCGCAGUCGAGGCUUGUGACUGGAGCAGAAGCUUUGAUUUUUCAAGGUUUUCCUGUGCUGCGUUUGAUUGAAAAUAUGCAGGCCACAGGCCAGGAUCAAAAGGGUGCAAGCAACAAAGCACAUUUCUCAGACAGCCUCAUGACUGAUUUGGCUGGGAACGCUAUGGCUCUGUUCUUCUUGCGAUUCUACAAGCUGGCUUGGCGUCACUGCUUGAGCCCUGAAGAAAGUGAUGAUGACAAUGACAAAUCACUCCAAGAGGGCGAGGACGAUGUGCUUGUGGCUGCCUUCCAAGAUGCACUGCGCAGCUGUGACGGAUGUCCCGUGGAUCAACGCCCACGUGGCAUGGACGACGAGCUUGACUUUGUGAGAGGGAAUGCCAUCUGCCACAUUGUUGAGCGCUCGGGUGACAGAGUCGAACGAGGAUUUGUUGACUUUGCGCAACUGUUGCGGAUUGUGCCGCUUGAAGACGGACUUGGUAAGAGUGGGAAGUGGAUUGAUCCUGUUGGUCAUGCUGGUCGUAUUGAUGCCAACGAUCAUAUGGGCCAUAUCUUCCACUGUAGUGUCGAUCCUGGUGUUUGUUGGGAUAUUGUGUGGAAGACGUUACCGAAACUGAUAGUCACCUUGCUGGGAGCUGGACUGCGGUUGAGAUGUCCAGUCUUGGUAGUGGUCCUGGUGGGAGUGUUGUGGUGGUUCCAGAAAGGAGAGUGGCACGAGCAUGGGGCGAUUGUGGAGCCACAGGUGGCGGAUGUGGUGAUUGUGGUGGUAU